CCCUGCUCCCGGUGUUACCUCAACGCAGACCAAGAGGUGCAUCGUCACGAUUAAAGCAAACAACCCAAUGAAUAAAGAGGGGAGCAGCUCCUUAUAAAUACAAAUCUGAAAAGCAAGAGAAGGAAGCUUUCAACGACAGCAUCAGCUGACCAAGGGACCAAGGGACCAAGUGACUUUAAAGGAGAGAAAAGCAGAGAGGGAAGCGACGUCCUAACAACCAGAAGCAAUACGAUGAAUUCUGAUUCCAGCUCUGUUUCCAGCAGAGCAUCAUCACCAGAUAUGGAAGAGAUGUAUCUCAGAGAUCAUCAGCUCCGCGACACGAGGUUCAACUCCGUGUCUUCCACUCAGAACGAGCUGCUGCAGAAGAUGACAAGCGAGCACCUCUCCAGUCUAGAGGAACACAUGUCAGGGGGAAGCAAGUACAAACUUAAGAAGCAGGGCUCGGAGCAAGACGUUCAGCAACUCCGCCUGAAAAUCAACGGGCGGGAGCGCAAGAGGAUGCACGACUUAAACCUGGCCAUGGACGGCCUGAGAGAGGUUAUGCCGUAUGCGCACGGACCUUCGGUGAGAAAGCUCUCCAAAAUCGCCACCCUGUUGCUCGCCAGAAACUACAUCUUGAUGCUCAACAGUUCCCUCGAUGAGAUGAAAAGACUGGUGGGCGAGAUUUACGGUGGGCAUCACUCCGCUUUCCAUUGCGGGACAAUAGGUCAAACCGGUUGUCACCCAGGACACUCGAACCCCUCUCAACAAGUCCUCCCGCUGCUGAGCAGUGCCCUGUCAUCUACCACUACGUCUACCCUCUCCGCAGCUUUACCAGGACUUACCUCAAUGCGAGCACCCCAUUCCCUGCUGAAGACACCACCAACACCUUCACUCCAGCUGGGCAGCGGUUUCCAACACUGGGCAGGUUUACCUUGUCCCUGUUCCAUUUGCCAGGUACCACGGCCUCCACUUUCUGCUCUUACGUCUACUGCCAUGACAAGACUCUCAUUACAAACAAAAGACUUAGUAAAGUAAGAUGUGAAUGUAUAAAUACUGUAUAUACAAAGACUGAAACUGAAACUUAGUAUGUCAUUAUAUAUGUUGUGCGUCAAGAGAUCGGAACAGGACACCGCAAAAAGACAUUCGACAUGUUUUUGCUUCUUUUGAAAAAUUGUGUUUUCCUUAUUUUAAGUAUUUGGUCUAGUUAUUAUAACCUUAAAAGAUACAUGUCUUGAUGGCUAUUAAUAUAUCAGCCUUUAAUGUUCCAAUCAACACACGUUAUUUUAUGGUCAGCAUCCUAUAAAUAUGUAUAUAUUGUCACUAUAUUACACAGAAUCAUAUACUGUACAUGUUUCAUACUGUUAGGGUAUUUUAGUUUUGAGACACAAAAAAGUGAAUAACAAUGAAAUCUCUGAAAAAUAAAGAUUGCAUGCAUGUCUAAUCCCGAGUCUUAGAACGAAUUACAUCAUUUGCUAGAAUUAAGAAUGUAUUGUGUUCCUUGUAACAAGGAUUUAGAGAUUGCAUUCUUGUCAAAGUUUUAUUCCAUGGCUGUAUAUGAUUUGAAAUAAUGGAAAAUUCUAUGUUUUUUCAGUGUUAUUAUAAAAUACUGAGAAUGUAAAUUCGUUUCUAGUCAGGUUUUUAUUUAAUUCAGUAUGGCUUAUGUGGUCAUAAAAUGUUACAAAUACUUGCUUUUGCUGGAAAUAUUUUGUUAUGCCUCAAAGACAACAUUGUGUCUUUAUUUUUGUACAUUCUUGAUAAUUAUUGAUAUAUUUAUUAUAACCCAGUGUUUCUGGAUGAGAUUUCAAUAAAAUCGUUUAAAAAUA